AUGAGUUGGAUUCUAUGUAUCCACUCUGCACCAUCAUUUACCACAAUAAAAUUUUGGGCAGCUGAAUUUAAACAUGGCCGUAAGAGCUUGGGAGACGAUGAACGUUCGGGACGUCCAAAAACUGCAACUACCGACGAUAACAUCGCCAAAGUUCACCAAAUGGUGCUAGACGACCGCCGAAUUAAAGUGAGAGAGAUAGCAGAGGUUAUGAGCAUAUUAAAAGAACGUGUUUGUCACAUUUUAAUUCAAGAUUUAGACAUGAGAAAGCUGUCCGCGCGUUGGGUGCCGAGUUUGCUCACGUUAGACCAAAAGCGUGUUCGUAUGAACAUUUUCCACGCUAUGUUAGCGCAGUUUAGGAUUAAUUACGGUAGAUGA